AUUUUUUAGUGUACGUGGUGUUAAUUUUGUAACUAAAAUACAGUCGAGGUGAAUUUUUCCUCUUCAGCUGUGGCUAGACUAAAACAACAUGGCACUGUGGUAUCCAGCCAGGUGUAAUUGUUUUUGUAGAAUUACUGUAAGUAGCCUAAAGUAAGUGUGUGUGUGUGUGUGUGUGAGAGAGAGAGAGAGAAAGAAAGAAAGAAAGAAAGAAAGAAAGAAAGCUGGAACUACUGGCCAGACUAUAAAGUGUGCAUGCUUGACGCAGAUCUGCAGCUCUCCUCCACCUCCACACUUUCGUGCAUCCCAGCAGCAGUAGAUGGGAACAGGGAGGAAUCGACAGCGCUCCAGGUGUCGCACUAACAUUCACACAAACGCACACACACACACACACACACGCACACACGUACGCACGCACGCACGCAUGCAGACGCGCGCGCGCACACUCGCACACCGCGCGUUUGUUCGUCUGCCCCGAAAUCGUCGCGCGAGCUCACCGAAACCAUCCCUUUGGCUGGAAGGUUGGAAGGUGGAAGUUCACUUGGUUGGAGUGGCCCUGGUUAGUGCACUGUGCUUAGGGGAGAGCCUGUGAAAGCGGACACGGCGCUCGGCUCGUCAUUUCCACCCGAAGCCCCGGAGUGUCACCUUGCGUUGCGUCUUGUUGUUCUGCUACACAACUUCAUUACGUCAUUUGUUUGUGCCCAGAGGUCUCAGAAUGAAGCAGGUCUCUGGUUGGUAAAACAUGGUUCCUAGCAGAAGUUCCUCCAGCUGUAAUCAAGUGGAAAACAACACAAGCUUCAUAAAAUAUUCAGCAAUGAUCCCUUCUGCAAAGAGAACUUCCGUUCAAGACGUAUGACCGAAACAGACACAGAUUUACUAGGACAUAAGAAAUUGGACAGAAGAUAGCAGGAAAGGAGAACACUCGAGGUUUGACAUGGAGGUUGAGCGGCAAGAGGUCACAGAUGACUCCCUCUCCAAAACCUCUCAUAAUGAUCCAGAUGAGGAAAAGAAUCAAGUUCACAACUGUGACCUCUGUGGCAGGUCUUUUCUUUUCUUAAGCUCUCUGUCCCAGCACAUGAGGAAACACACAGGGGAGAAGCCGUACAAGUGCCCCCAUUGCCAGCACCGCUCAGCCCAGAAAGGCAGCCUGAAAGCCCACAUUCGCACCCACAAGGUAGAUGGUAUGAGUCAGAGCACUGGGGGUAAUGAAGAAGAGGUGGACGAUGAAGGAGACAAGGAAGGAGGAGUACCUGAGGAGCAGGGUGGUUGUUCCAGCCCGACCGAAAGUACCUCUGCUUGCAAUAAAGUGGUUAGUGGUGAGGAGACCACUAAGACAAGAAAGAAAGGGGUUAAGAAAGAGAGGGCAAACAGUGAGGGAGGCAAGCAGUGCUCACUGUGUAGGAAGAGGCUCCGGAGUCAAGCUGAGCUGGAGCAGCAUAUGCGAGACUUUCAUGAUACCUCACAGGAAGAGCACUUGCAGGCAGAAACACAAAACACACACCCCACAGAGGAAAACUCCACCAUGGAGGAAGGACUGAACAUGGAGGAAGCAGAGAAAGAGAAUGAGCUUGGUAAAGGGGACUUUCCAUGUGAUCAGUGUGACCAAGUCUUCACUCAAGCCUGGUUCCUCAAAGCCCACAUGAAGAAGCAUCAAAACACUCGGGAUCACGGCUGUCGCAUCUGCGGUCGGCGAUUUCGUGAACCCUGGUUCUUGCGCAGCCACAUGAAGACGCACAACACCAAGUCCAAGCCAAAGAAUGACUCGGAACUUCCUGCGACUGUUAAUGAGGUGACACAGGUUGAAGCUUCCUUGGUAAACGACGUAUGCCUUUACGAACUGUGCGCCAAGUGUGGUAACUUCUUCCAUGACCGCAAAAGCCUGCAGCUUCAUGAGCAAGUCCACAAGAGCACAGAUAAUUCGACUAACAGCGGUGAUGGUCUUUCAUCGCCUCUCACCAAGAGACGCUUCCUAGAGUGCCUGAACUUGAGAAUGGCAGGUGAGAUGGAGAAGCUCUCAGACGGAAGACUUGGCAAGAGAAUUCCUGAGUUGGAUCCUGUUAGCAGCUAUCAGGCCUGGCAGCUGGCCACCAGAGGCAGGGUGAUGGAGGUUUCUGAAAAAGGUCUGGGCUGGGACGAGAGGUUAGCAGAUGCAGAUGUGGUGUAUGACAAGAAAAAGGGUGAAUAUGUACUACUGAGACAGGAGAAACGAAAGAAACAAUUGGAUACCACUCUAAGUAUCCCUAAUAAGAAAAAGCGAGGGGUAGUGACCCAAGGCUCAGGCAACACCAGCAUGGCCACCGAUCACCAGCGAUAUGGUGGGCAGACAUCUAUGGAGAUUGGAAGCGUUGACAGUCUGAGCGACUCUGAAUAUCGUCCCUCUUUCCGCCAUGGCCGUAAAAAUUCCCAGAAUAAGACCUCUGAGUGCUUGGAGUGCGGAAAAGGAUUCCGAACUCAGCAACAGAUGGUGAUUCACAUGCUCAUAAGACAUGGCAGCAUGAGUGAAAGCAUGAAUGGGGUUUCUCUCCAAAAUCUCUUUCCUAAAACACAGUCCAGUCUUUCUAAACCCGUGGAAUCUGCAGAGGACCAAAGUCAGAAAAUAUACCCUGAAGAUACAGAUAAAAAGCCAUGCACCUGCAACCACUGUGACUUCAGCACCGCUGACUCAGCUGCCAUGGUGUCCCACAUACACAAUGAGCAUGCAGCUAUCAGCAAUGAGGCCUUAACCAGCGUGAUCACCCAAAGCCACACUCCUUCCACUAGCCACAGUGGCUUCCCCAGGCUGAGGAAUGCACUACUACAGCAGCCCUACUGGCCCUACACCAGCUCCACCCACCUGGAGAGGGCAGCACUGAACAGCACAGUACCUUGGUCCAAGAGCACUGAUGAAAAUGGAGAUGAGAAGAGCAAAGGGCAUGGAGAGGCCAGUUCUGACAAAAUGGAUGCCAGUCUGUUGAAUCUCUCUGUGGAAGCUGAAAGUGACAAAGCAGAAGCUCUAGACUUAGGAAAGAAUGGUCUAGUGAGGCAUCAGUGCCCAUACUGUUCCCAUGCCACACUGUACCCUGAGGUUCUCUGGAUCCAUCAAAGAAUUGCACAUAAAAUCGACAGCACCACUCUGAUCCCUAAGUGGGCUCCUAAAAAUGGUGUUAAGGGGCCUAAGUCGAUUCUUGAUUUCAAGAGGCGCACUGGACCACCUCCGUUUCUGGAAGGCAAGGACUGCCCUUCACUUCCUCAGACACGAAUCCUCCGCACAAGUUCCCCUGAAUUAAGCCCCAGAGGGACCAAGGACAAGCCUCAAAGCAGCAGUGCAGAAUCCACUUGCUUACAAAGCAAGGGUCAGCACACUGGACGACUGUCACACUCCUCUAAGCCAAAUCCCAGCAGGUCCCGGAUAGAUGACGUCAAGAGCGCCAAGAACAAAACGGAUGCCCACCAAUAUAUCACUUCAUCAACAAGUAGAGCAAGACCAACACCAAGUCCCCAAAAGUCUGAAAGCCCAAAGACAGCAAGCAGACUAAUGGAAAGUAGCUUGCUGCCCAAAGAGGGACUCCGCUUCAUGCUCACCAGCAAGCACAAUGCCUCCGAGCAGAGAAGUCCCAAACCUCAGACCUCUAGCCGAUCUGAACCUCCAGCCCAGGACACAGAGAGCUCUCAUGGAUACGACCUCUGGAGUAGACUCAGUCUAGGUGGAUCAUCCUCACACUCCCAAACUAAAAAGCAGCCGUCAGGAGACAGUCCAGGUGCUCUUACCGACAUCUACAGUUUCUUGAAGAAUUGCAGUCCUCAUGAUUUGGCAGCGCUUUAUCAUCACUGGGGCUUUAGUAACAUGAUGAUAGAGCAAGCAGGGAUGGCGAGGUCAGGGCAGAAAGAGGGCGAGUAUGUCUGUCCAGUGUGCGGGAAGAGCUUUAGCCAACCCAGCCAUUACCGCACACACAUGAGAUCCCAUACAGGUGAGAGACCGUUCCAGUGUCAGUACUGUCCCUACAGUGCCUCGCAGAAAGGCAACCUGAAAACCCAUGUCCAGACUGUACAUCGGCUCACCUUUGACAACGCCCAAUACCCUGACAGGAGGCUCCACCAUGCCCCAUCUGUUGACCACACACACCCUUCCAGUCCCGGAUUAUCCCACAGAGCGACCACUUCCUGA